AAACACACACACGUUUUGUGGGACAAAGCCCCAGUGCUACCUCUUGCCUGUCAGACAGUGGUGAGGGCUGGAAGUCAAAGCAAUUUGUAUUGACGUUCAGAGUCGGAAUAUGAAGCAUGGCUGUUGAAGGGGAAAAGAAACCUGUGCUGGAGAUGGUCCAGGCUGAUGGGGCUGAUGAGGGAUGUGUGACAUUUGUUUUCCAUGAUGAAGAUCAUACACUGGGCAACUCCCUCAGAUAUAUGAUCAUGAAGACUGUGGAUGUGGAUUUUUGUGGUUACACCAUCACCCAUCCGUCUGAGAGCAAGAUCAACUUUCGCAUUCAGACACGAGGGGGGAUUCCAGCCACAGAGCCGCUGCGGAGGGGCCUGAAUGAGCUCAGUAGUGUUUCUCAACAUGUUCUCAACACCUUUCAGGCGAGAGUUAAUGAGUUCAAAGAGCGGCAGGAGCAGCCCAUGGAAUGAAGAGCGUCACAUAUGUGUGACUGUGAAGCUGUCAGACACAGUUUUCUACAAACAAACUGUAACAUGAUUUGUUUAUAUAUCUAUAAGGUAUUAUAAACCGUUUCCCUGAAGAUGGGUUGAUCAUGUCACCUUCAAACAGAUGUACAGUUUUCUUUUUUGUGUUAUGUUGGGAUUGAUUUAUGAUGUAUUAUACAUUUGUAUCACUCCUGUGUUCAUGAAUCCUUGGAAUGAUUAGUGGAAUAAAAAGACAUGUAACUUA